GUAGUUUAAUUGACAGGCGUGUUUUAAAGCACUGGCUACAUGCUGUCAUUCAUCACCAGGGCCACUUGUGUAAUCAGUGAAUCGCGCGCACUGAGCACUGGUGAGAGAGCAGAGGGAGGAGUUUAAACUUGCCCGAGGUUUUGAGAGCCGAGUGACUGUCAUCCCUCUCUCGGGUUUAUAUGUGGACGCGUGCGCUGAUUUCUCCUGCUCCAGUGCGCUCGGAGGUGUCUUUCAGGAGCACCGGCUCCCUCUUCUACCGGACCGGACACCCGUGACCAUGGCAGACACCUACUAAAGCCAUCACGGAGAGAUACGCGUUUGUACCGACUAUGGCUGUAGACGCUGCGUCCAGCUUCAGCUUCUGUCGGGCUGCGCUGGAGCACACAGUCUCAGCAGAGGAGCUGAACUAUCAGCUGCCACGCAGGGCAGGGGGCAACCUGACCUGGCAUGAAGGACGUGGCCAGAGGGUGACGAGGAGGACCGUCAAACUGCUGCAGCAGCCUGGCACAGAAGGAAUACAGAUCCAGCCAGGAGAGGCCUUCACUGUGUACCACACCAGCCCUACGCUCUCCAGCUUAUGCAAACCAGUGGUGCUUUGGACCCAGCAGGACGUGUGUAAGUGGCUGAAGAAACACUGUCCGCACAACUACCUGACUUACGUGGAGGCCUUCUCUCACCACGCCAUCACAGGUCGUGCCCUGUUGCGGUUGAAUGGAGAGAAGCUGGAGAGGAUGGGUAUAAUCCAAGAGACUCUGAGACAGGAAGUCCUGCAGCAGGUCCUACAGCUACAGGUCAGAGAGGAAGUGCGUAACCUAGAGCUGCUCAGCAGAGCUUCCUUCGGCAACAUUUCUUAGCUCGUCUAUCCUUUUGGCAGCUCUCUCGACUUCCCGGCAGACACGGGAGGCCUUGUUCCAAACUGCUACAGACAGAAAAAGAGAGAGAGAGAAUCUUCCUGGAGGUGGAGCUGUGGAGAAGACUGUUUACACCAAUUUAUCGGACAGAACCGUCUUUUUAUGCAGAUCUGAAUGGGGUUUCAAUGACUCAAAUGGACAAAGUCAGACUAUAAAACUGUAAUAUAGCGAUAGGAUUAAAGUCUCAAAACCUAGAGUACCAACCAGUGCUCUGCCAGACAAUAAUGAGGAUACGGAUUGGAUCAAGAUGUUGACUUUCAAUACGUUGACUUAAAUUUGAUCUCAGAUCCAAAUCAGAAGAUGAACAUUGAUCUCAGAUCAUGUUAAAAAGCAAUUCAUAUCAGCAGCCUUGAUUCCCCAAGUGUUUGGAUGUCUGACAGACCUGCUCUUUUAACCCAGUAUCACUCACUUAACAUGGACAUCAAUGCAAUGCUGAAGAAAUCCUGUUUCUACAAGUGUGGAAACAGACAAUUCCUCCUCCUACCUCUCACGAUAGAUUGUAGCAUUUCAUUUGCUGAGAAUUAGAUAUAGAAUAGGGCAUGAAGUUUGAUUAUCCAGCAUCUUCCUACUCCUGACUUCACGCUAAAGGGAUGUUCACACUGACAAAAACAAUGUCUACAUAAUCUGAAACUGGAUAUUAUGGACAAUUUGUUUGAAAAUGAAUGCUGAAUGUUGACAAUAUCAGAUGUACACAUGGAAAAACCAACCAUCAUUUUGCUUUUCUUCUCAGGACGUUCAAGAGCUUCAUAUAUUGUUCCUGCUGUUAAACACUGUUUAAGUUAUAUUCUUGAUUUCAUUGUCAUUUUAAAGUCUUGCACAAAUGUAGCAGGUUUUCUCCUAAUAUACAAAGAAUAUAUCAGAGUAUAAAUAUACCUUUACUCUAGAGUAUGUGUCUAGAUCACUGUCACUCGUAGAAGUCCCAGUUGUCCUUGUUUACAAAGCAAUAAUGUAAAGCGGUGCCACAUGUCUGCAUGGCUAGACCUGUUAGAGACUGUUUUUAAAUCAGCUACCUUACAAUCACAAAUUGUAGGUCUGCAACAUACUCUACACAAGCAAAUGCUUCUAGAUUCUAGAUCAAUUUGGUGUUGUGUUCCAAGAUGUCGCAGUUCAUAACACCCUCAAGUACUGUCAGUUUUCUCUUUAAGGUCAGCUAUUGUAAUGGCAGAGCUGGAGAUUGAGAGAACACCAGAUAGUUGGGUUUCGCUGGAUCAGUGUGUUUAACCGUGUUGGUGUUUGUUGGGUGCGUGUGAACAUGGCAAUUGCGUUUCCCAACAUCAUAAAUUCAAAUGCCAACUUUAAAUGUUUGAAAUGUUGCUGGCUGUGCGAACGAGGCUUUUGAGUAAUGAGGUUUGUUAUCUCCAAGAACACAAGAAGGCAUUUUAAGUAAGUACUUUAGAGAGACAGUUUAUUUCCUCUAGUAUGAUUAAGGAGAUUUUGCGGAGAGAAUGUAAUUCUUUCCAUUUUGUGAUUUUGUCUUUAUUAGUGCUGAUGAAUCCUGAACGCUCCAACACUCAACUACACUGUGAUGCAGUGGCAUGUUUAAGGAAGCUUAAAUGUUUGUCUGUAUUCUGAGUUACUGUAAAAUCUCGUAAAGCCUCAGUGUGAUUGUCAGAUGCUCAUGACACAGGCUUUUACACAGUGUACUCAAAGCUGAUGGAAAUUCGGCCCUGUGACACAAACAAGUUCAGUCCAUCCAGGUUGCAAGGGUUUAUAUGAGAUUGACAGGCUGGAAUUCUCUCUGAACUUCAUGUGUCGUAAUGAUCGGUGGGUUUCCAGAGCGUUUUGCUGAUUCUUGCAUUCUGACACACUAGCAUUUUUUUCUCUCCAGAGAUGCAGUGGGUUUCUUUUAAAUCUUGUUAUGCAAAAAAGUGAGGGAAAUGAACAUUGAUUAUGUAAUGUCCUGCUACCAACGUGAUUAUACAAGACAUGGUGUGGCAAAGACAGCUGUAUGCGUGUGUUUUGGAAUAAAGUUUUAAAAAUACA